AAAGUGAUCUGCGCUAAGGCUGCUGUUAUGCCUCUUGGCAGACGCAGGUGCUUGUCUGUUUCAAGCAACCCAACCGUUGUCCCGCUCGACUUUGCAGUUAGCGCUCGAACGUAGCGCAGACGGGAUGUCAACUUUAGAGAGUAAAAACGAGGUGUUUCCGUCUUGGCUCCAGCCACUGGAGGACCAGAUCCACGUGCCGCUCGACCUUCAGUCAGGCCAAGACGAUGGUGCAGGCAGACCGAGGAACGACCUCGCAGGCUGUGUCUACAAUGGUAGGUAUAUUUGAACUCCGACUACUCCUCCAUUUCUCUUUCUUCCAAUCACUCGGACACGAACGUGCCAAACGUUCGUGCUCUCCCUAGAAGCUUGCUAAGUGAUGCGUGGAAGCGACGAGAAGGUCGCCUUGCGCAUUGGUGAAUCUUUUAGUCCGGUCUUACCACGUGAGCAUGUCCGGAGAGUCCAGCGAACAGCCUUGUAUAUCUCUGUCGCGCUGAAUGUCCUCCUGACAGUGGCCCUGUGCGGGUAUCAUUACCGUACGAACCCUACGGAGUUGACACCCUAUGCGCGACUAGGGUUUCGAAGAACAGCAUGGACCUUCUCAACACCGUACGGCAUUCUCGACCAGAAUAACGAGACGGAGCGCUUAUGGAACUCGUACUCUUCCAACAGCGCGGUGACCAUUGACUCGGCAACGGCAAAGUUGUGGAAGCUGCCCGUCGCAAAGUCGCUUUCUAAUGAUGCGAAUGUAGGCCUUUACCAUGUUAGCGGACUGUAUUCCAUGAACUGCUUGAAGCGACUACGAGAGGCUAUGGUGCAGUCUCAGCGUGGCGGCACGCCUAUCGAGACAUCUUCGGAGCUGGGCCAUUGCUUGGAUGUUCUUAGGCAAGACCUGGACUGCUUGUCAGAUGACACCCCGAUGUAUACACCGAUGCACGCCGGCACGUAUCCAGGGGAGGGGCAGUUGCGCAAGUGUAGAGAUCGGAGACGGUUGGAAAAGUGGUAUUCUGCAUUGGGACAACCUUGAACGCGUGUCACAAGGUCGAUCAGCUAAGAUGCAACAAGUCUCCUGAGCUUUCCGAGUGUAGGCGAAGUCAGUCGCAAGAGAUUUAGAUCUUGCAUUUCGGACCUUUGGUGUCCUCGGGAAGCACACUUAAGCGUUGCGCAUUCUGGCCGCAAGAAGCCUAGGGUUGACGCCUCAAAAGAAAAAGGCAGUCCAGAUCAGGCCGCCAUAUGCUCAAGACUGUCUGUGCAAUGGCAAAGGACGGGAAAGGACGGCAAAGGACAGGGCAUCGUGUUUGGGUGCCAGUUGUGAGCACUUGUAAAACGGGUUCAUCUCAUUUCCACGACCAAGUUACCAGCGCGGUCGGAAACGGCCUGCGCGAGCGAGGGACUCCCCUAGCCUUUGGAUGCCUCAGUCGAGCGGACCAUAUACGAGCAUGAGUCUCGAGCUUAACCAGCUGAUGGAAUGAUAGGGGCUGGCUGUCAACGA